AUGCCGAGGCUGGUCGUCGUCGUCGUCUUCAACUCACCACUAAUUUCCACCCUAGUUUCGGUUCUUUGGCAGCCUUUAAAUUCAACUUGGCUAUUUAGCAGAACUCGCUAUUUUUGCCGAAACAUCAAGGCACCAGUGGCCGACGCGAGCCUUCCCUUGCCCUAUGCAGACCACCCGUCCAAGUCGGGGCAGCGGCCCGUGACCCGCGGGGAGAUCGUGCGUUCGCGCCUACAAGGAGGAGGCUAUCAGGGGGGCAAUAAUCGGUUUCGCUUCAUUCUCGCACCGUUCUCAUGCCCCCUCAUCCGCCAUCCUCUUGCUCCAACCUUUUGCUCCUUUCUAGGCCUUCAGAUCCACGUAAAACUCGUCUAG